GUGAACGACGCCAUCUUGAUUCUCUUUACCACGAAGGACUCGGAGGCUCAAUCAUGAGUUCUUUGAAACUACAGAAGAGGCUCGCAGCCUCGGUUAUGCGAUGUGGUCGCAAGAAGGUAUGGCUGGACCCCAAUGAAAUCAACGAGAUUGCCAACACCAAUUCUCGCCAGAACAUUCGAAAACUGAUCAAGGAUGGUUUGAUCAUCAAGAAGCCAGUGGCUGUCCACUCCAGAGCUCGUGUACGUAAAAAUACUGAAGCUAGGAGGAAGGGACGUCACUGUGGGUUCGGUAAGAGGAAAGGUACUGCUAAUGCUCGUACGCCUCAGAAGGAUCUCUGGGUUCAACGUAUGAGGGUACUCCGUCGUCUCUUGAAGAAAUACCGUGAGACUAAGAAAAUCGACAGGCACCUAUACCACUCUCUGUACAUGAAAGCCAAGGGUAACGUGUUCAAGAACAAGCGUGUCCUCAUGGAAUUCAUCCACAAGAAGAAGGCUGAAAAGGCACGUGCUGAGAUGCUCUCAGACCAGGCGGAGGCACGUCGUACCAAGGUGCGUGAGGCACGCAAACGCAGGGCCGAGAGACUCGCUGCCAAGAAGCAGGAGCUCCUCCAGUCCUACCAGAGAGAGGACGAGGCUGCCGCAGCGCAGAAGAAGUGAAGAGAAACUUGAGCGUUUAAUUAUAUAAAUAAAGAGAAAAUCAAAAAAUCA